AUGGAAAUCCCACAACCCCUCGAAGCCCCAGGCCCGAUCAGACCGAUAACCUGCGUCGAAAUGCACACAGCAGGCGAACCAACACGAAUCAUUUGGAACGGUAUCCCACCUCUAACAGGUACACUGCUGGAACAACGAGCGCAAGCAAAAGCGCAAUUCGACGAAUUCCGCCGCGUUCUCAUGCUCGAGCCACGCGGCCACUACGACAUGUACGGCGCGAUCUUACGCCCGGAGACCGAGCUCGUCGCCUCCGGAGAAGCCCAUAUGGGCGUUCUGUUCAUGCACAAUGAAGGGUUCUCGACUAUGUGCGGACAUGCGACGAUCGCGCUGGGCCGGUUCCUUGUCGAUGUUGACGAGAAGGUAUUUCCUCGUCGGAGGGAAUUGAAAUAUGAUCCUGUGUCCCGGACGACGACUCUUAAUCUGCAUGUACCCUGUGGGGUCGUUGAGGUUACUGUUCCCACCUUAGGGUCUGGGAAGUCUGAUGCGUCGCGGCCUGUUUCGUUCGUGUCUGUGCCGUCGUUUGCUACCGCGAUCUCCUUGCAGGUUCCUGUUCCUGAGAAAUAUCGCUGGGCUGAGCUUCGUGGUAAGACUGCUGUUACGGCGGACUUUGCUUAUGGGGGUGCGUACUAUUGUAUGGUUAGUGCUGAGGAAUUGGGCUUCCCUAGUGGUCUGGGUGAGGUUAAGUUGCAGGAUAUGGAUCAUGCGACGAAGUUGCUCAAGGAGGCGGUGGUUACAAAUCCAGAUUUGAAAUACCUCACCCAGGAUAUUCGAACUGCCGAGGAGGGGUUCUUGUAUGGGAUUAUGAUCACGGAUACACGACUGGGACAUGUUAGUGCCCCGGAGGGGGACGGCGGCUGCUCGUGCGCAGCUGGAUGCUAG